AUGAAUGAAAGAUAAAAGGAACCGAAGAAGAAGAAAGAAAGAAAGGAAAAAAAAAAUAAUGGAGAUGUGGUUCAUCAUCAUAAUCUCUAUCUGUAUCUGCUCUCUUCUAAACUCCAUUUUCUCCCACUUCCGAAGCUCCACAAAACUCCCACCAGGCCCUCCUUCAAUCCCCAUCCUCACAAAUCUCCGAUGGCUCCGAAAAUCCCCUCUUCAAAUGGAAUCACUUCUCCGCACCUUCGUCUCCAAAUACGGUCCCAUCAUCACCCUCCCCAUCGGCUCCCGCCCUGCCGUCUUCAUCGCCGACCGUUCUAUCGCCCACAAAGCUCUCGUCCUCAAUGGCGCUCUCUUCGCCGACCGUCCGCCGGCUCCACCCGUCACCAAGAUUGCUUCCAGUAACCAACACAACAUCAACACCGCUUCUUACGGCCCACUCUGGCGUCUCCUCCGCCGUAAUCUUACUUCCCAAAUCCUCCAUCCUUCUCGUGUCAAAUCCUACGGCCGUGCUCGUAAGUGGGUUUUGGAUGUUCUUAUUAAUCGAUUUGUUUCUCACUCUCAAUCGGGAAAUCCCGUCUGCGUUGUUGAUCAUUUUCAGUACGCUAUGUUCUGUUUGUUGGUGUUGAUGUGUUUUGGAGAUAAACUCAACGAAUCCCAGAUUAAGGAAAUCGAGAACGUACAUCAUACGAUGCUGAUAAAUCUUAGGCGUUUUAAUGUUCUUAAUUUCUGGCCUAUAUUGACCAAGAUUUUACUCCGAAAGCGUUGGGAAACCUUUCUUAAACUCAAGAACAAUCGUGAUGAAGUCCUGAUUCCAUUGAUCGAAGCAAGAAGAAAGGCCAAGGAAAAUAGAGGAGGAGGAGAAGAAGAAAAACAGGACGAAGAAUUCGUGGUGUCGUACGUCGAUACGCUUCUCGAUUUGGAGCACCCAGAGGAAAAGAGAAAGCUCACAGACGAAGAAAUUGUUGCCAUAGCCUCCGAAUUUCUCAACGCCGGCACCGAUACAACAUCCACAGCUUUGCAAUGGAUAAUGGCAAAUUUAGUGAAGAACCCAGAAAUUCAAAACAAGCUUUACGCAGAGAUUAAAGGAGUAAUGGGAGAUGGGUCAAGAGAGGAGGUGAAGGAAGAGGAAUUGGGGAAACUUCCAUAUUUGAAAGCGGUGGUUUUAGAAGGAUUAAGAAGACACCCACCAGGCCAUUUCGUGUUACCACACGCUGUGAAAGAAGAUACAGAGUUGGAGAAUUAUGUCAUACCGAAGAAUGGAAGUGUAAAUUUCAUGGUGGCAGAAAUGGGUUGGGAUCCAAAAGUGUGGGAAGAUCCGAUGGAGUUCAAGCCAGAGAGGUUCAUGAAAGGCGGUGCGGGAGAAGAAGGAGGAGUUGAGUUUGAUAUAACAGGGAGCAAAGAGAUAAAGAUGAUGCCGUUUGGAGCAGGGAGGAGAAUAUGUCCUGGAUUUGGUUUGGCAAUUCUUCAUUUGGAGUAUUUCAUAGGGAAUUUGGUAUGGAAAUUUGAAUGGAAGGGGGUAGAGGGAGAGGAUGUUGAUCUGACGGAGAAGGUAGAGUUCACCGUGGUGAUGGAAAAACCUCUUAAAGCCAACGUAAUUUGUAGAUUCUAAUGUCAUAAAGUUUCCGUAUUCUACUAUAUGAUUAGUUUUGUGUUUUAUGUAUUAUGAUAUCUACGCCAUCAAAUUUGCGAAUGUUUGAUUUUCCCCGGUUCUAUGCGGUAGCUAGUCUUAGGAAAGGAAUGUUUUAGAUUAGUUUGUUUCAAUUUGCAUAAAUGAUAUGAGGUAAGGAUUCAUAGUCGGUUUA